UAAUUGUAAAUAAGAAUUUGUUAACUGACUUGCCAGGUUAAAUAAAUGUUAAAUAAAAUAAAGAAUAUCUGCUGCGGGACUCCCCGUUCCUCCCCCUUUCACUCCCUCCCUUCCCCUGAGCUGCUCGGCGCAAAACAACCUGUCCCUAGUACUCCAACUUUCUUUACCACAGUAUCGCCUUAGGUCAAAGGAUGGCAGCAUUUCUGAAAUCUCUUCGGAAUCUGAAGAAUGAGAUCGUUCUAUUCUCUUCCCCGUUACUUCUUCUCCCGCUGCCUUUAGUCAUUGGAACAAAGGAGGCAGAAUGUGCCUAUGUGAUCAUCCUGAUGGCAGUGUACUGGUGUACAGAGACCUUACCACUGGCUGUCACUGCCCUGCUCCCUGCUGUCCUCUUCCCCAUGUUUGGCAUCAUGCAGUCCAAAGAUGUGUGUAUGCAGUACCUGAAGGACACCAACAUGUUGUUUGUGGGAGGACUGAUGGUGGCGGUGGCAGUGGAGCACUGGAACCUGCACAAACGCAUUGCCCUCCGAGUGCUGCUCUUUGUAGGGGUGCGCCCCGCUCUUCUGAUGCUGGGCUUCAUGGGGGUGACAGCCUUCCUGUCCAUGUGGAUCAGUAACACAGCCACCACAGCCAUGAUGGUGCCCAUCGUCCAGGCUGUUCUGGAGCAGCUCAACAACUACACAGAGACUGAGAUGCCUCUGAUCCUCAGCACUGAGGAGAACCCCCAACCUCAGGACCCCACUGACAGCAAACAGACAGAGAAACAGGCAGAGGGACAUGUUGUGGUGACAUGUUUAGAUCCACUUGUGGAGGCUAUCUGGCGUAAGGAAGCUGCAGACAAGAAGAAGAUGUGUAAGGGGAUGACGCUGUGUGUCUGCUAUGCGGCCAGCAUCGGGGGCACUGCCACCCUCACAGGGACUGGCCCCAAUCUGGUGCUCAUGGGACAGAUGAACCAACUGUUUCCUAACAAUGGAGAUGUCAUCAACUUUGCGUCCUGGUUCGGCUUUGCUUUCCCCAACAUGAUCCUGAUGCUGACCCUGGCUUGGCUCUGGCUGCAGUUUGUCUUCAUGGGAUUCAAUUUUAAGAAGACGUGGGGCUGUGGGGCAGUAAAGACAGAGAAAGAGAUAGCUGUGUACAAUGUGAUCAAGGAGCAGCAUCGUCAGCUGGGCUCCAUGUCUUUUGGAGAGCUGAGUGUGUUGGGCCUGUUCAGUUGUCUGGUGGUUCUGUGGUUCACCAGAGAUCCUGGCUUCGUGGCAGGCUGGGCCACAUACAUCUUCAACGCUGAUGCAGAGUAUGUAACUGAUGCCACAGUGGCAGUGUUCAUCGCUGUCCUUCUCUUCGUCCUGCCUUCCAAACCCCCACGCUUCUGCUGCAGGAGGUCCCGAAGCUUUGCCACUGAGCUUCAGCACCCGGCUGGCCCCACACCAGCUCUGCUGACCUGGAAGGUGGCCCAGAAGAAGUUACCCUGGAGCAUUGUUCUCCUGUUGGGGGGAGGGUUCGCCCUGGCCAAGGGCAGCGAGGAGUCAGGUCUGUCGAUGUGGAUGGGGGACCAGAUGACUCCCCUCCACACCAUCCCACCCUGGGCCAUCGCUAUCAUCCUGUGUCUGCUGAUCGCCAUCUUCACCGAGUGCACCAGUAAUGUGGCCACUGCCACUCUCUUCCUACCUGUCCUCGCCUCAAUGUCCCAGUCCAUUGGAAUGAAUCCUCUGUACGUCAUGGUGCCUUGUACUCUCAGUGCCUCCUUUGCCUUCAUGCUACCUGUGGCCACACCGCCCAAUGCUAUCGUCUUCUCAUUUGGCUACCUCAAGGUUUCUGACAUGGCUAGGACAGGUAUAGUGAUGAACCUCAUCGGCAUCCUGUGCAUCACUCUGGCCAUCAAUAGCUGGGGCAGGGCCAUGUUCCACCUAGACACCUUCCCUACCUGGGCCAACACUACUGGGGUGUGAGGGCCCCGAGGGUCCCCGGGCCAGGCCAUGAGGAACACAUGGAGGGCCCCUUAUGUGCUAGAGACCUCUACCGAGAAAGGAAUCAACGUGACUGGUCGUGUUAGUGUGUUGGGUGUUGGGAGAAAAGCCACGUAGCUUCCAUUACGAAGGACACUUGAAUCACCCUGUGGAAAGAACGAUGGGAUGGAUGGGUUUAACUGGAGAGAUGAAUGAUGAAGGGUGGAGAGUAUCACCACUGUACUUUUAAUGCUGUAAUGUGUUAUACAGAAUGUCCAGUCCUAUUCAAAAUGCCCAAGCAUUAUCUCUAUCAAAUCAAUCAAAUGUAUUUAUAAAGCCCUUUUUACAUCAGCCAAUGUCACAAAGUGCUGUACAGAAACUCAG